AUGGGCGUUAUAUCGCAACCUCUUCAUCGCCGCUGGCCCAUGCGGAACCCCUUCACCCGCCUAAACUCGUUCGCCAAAGCAUGCGUAGGGGGAGUGGUGAUUCUUCUGUUCAUGUUCCUCGCGCUCAAUUCGGACGACACAGACUUUAGGAGGAUUUGGUUGAGUAAAACACGACCACCGGUUUCCAGCGGCCACUAUAAAUCCGGCAAAGUCCCGCUGUUGGAUCUGGCGGCCAACUCGACGCCGUCUUGGGAAGCCGCCCUCAGCUGCAACGACGACCUCGACCACUUGCGCAGGCUCAAGGAGCGCUAUGGGCUGGCGGAUCAGUUUGAAUACUUCAAGCGCCACGUGCGCGUGUCGCGCGGGGACGUCAAGCGCAAGUCCCUGACGGAUCUCAAGCAGACCUUUGCACCUGAUCGGUUCCGCCUGGUCGACACGGGCAGCAGCGCAUACGCGGAGAGGCAGAGCUGCCCGGAACCGCUCGAGGUGCACGUCAGCAGCUCCCCCUUCCCCUCGACGGCCAACCUGUCCGACUUUAUGUUUGGCGUGUCGACCACCUACGCCCGCUUCAGCGACCCCAAGACCAGCCCCGUCAAGGAGUGGUCGUACUGGCUGACCGACUCGGCGGGCGGGCCCAACGGCGGCAAGCUGGUGCUGCUGCUGGUCAACGCCACGCGCGACGAGCUGAACGACGCCGCAUCGCAGCUCGGCGCCGUGGGCAUCGACGCCGACGUCUUCCGCGCGGACCCGGACGACAUCAUGGCCGUGCGCUACAUGUCGCUCGUGCCGGCCAUGUUCAAGCAUCCGGAGCGCGCCAACAAGAAGUGGCUCGUGGUGUGCGACGACGACACCUUCUUCCCGUCGCCGCACGCGCUGGUCGAGACGCUGGCCGAGAUGGACCCCUCGCAGCCGCUGUACGUCGGCACGCUGUCCGAGGACAUCAACAACGUGCAGCGGCACGGGUCGCAGGCGUUUGGCGGCGCGGGCGUCUUCCUCUCGGUGCCGCUGGCGCGCGAGGUCUCGGACCGGUUCGCGAGCUGCAGCACCGAGGACAAGAUCAACGAGUCCGACAGCGGCUGGGGCCCGCAGGGCGACAUCAUCCUGCGCAAGUGCAUCUACGAGAACACGGCGGUGCGCAUGACGAACCUGGGGGAGCUGUGGCAGAUCGACCUGACGGGCGACCCGUCGGGCUUCUACGAGUCCGGGAUGCGGCCGCUGUCGCUGCACCACUACCGCGGCGGCUUCUGGCCCGUCGCGCACCCCUUCGAGUACACCAAGCUGUCGCACCUCUGCGGCGAGGACUGCAUGAUGCAGCGCUUCCGCACCCCCGACGACUGGGUCCUGUCGACGAGCUUCAGCGUCGUGCACUACCCGCGCGGCACCGCCGACCUGAACAUGCGCCAGCUCGAGAGGACCUUUGCCCCCGCCCCCGACGACAAGGGCUGGAACUUUGACUACACCUUUGGUCCGCAGAGGGAGUCGCUCCUCAGGACCGGACGCAAGAUCUCGUGGGACCUCCAGGAGAGCACAGUGCAGCUGCACCAGAACGACAGGAUGUCCGUCAGCCAGGUCUAUGUGCGAAGGCAGAACGACGCGAGGUGGGUCGACGAGAACGAGACGCCUAUGAGCAGUUAUGAUGGCGUGAUUGAGCUGGUUUGGGUUUCUUGA